AGCUUUGCUCUGUGAGCGUAGUAAGCAUGUGGUUGUGGCAGGGGUUGUGUGUUAAUUUUUGUUUAGCAACUUAGGCGGGGGGAUAGUUAUUUUGUAGCAGACUAAAGGGCUACCGUAAUGUUUCUUCCAAUUUAAGUUGUAGUAAUAGGCAGUUUAUUUUUGUCAUUUGUCUUAAUAUAACAGUAUAGCUACGUCAACGUCGAGUUAAGAGAAACCCGUAUUCGUGGUUAAGUGGUGCAUAUACAUAUAAUGAAGGAGAAAAGCAACCCCUAAGAAACAAUUUAAUACUCACAUGCACAGAAUUCUUAACCCGUCGAUUGUUCAAAUUUCUAUCGAACAUGUCCGAUGCAGAACUACAGGAAGAGGAACGUGAAGUCCUGUCAUCGAUUUACGAUGGCGAUCCGGCCUUUCGCCAGCUCACAGCCACAACAUUUCAGUAUAAGUACGGUGAUGAUGGAGACCCGAAGACAUUUCUCUUAGAAAUAUCAUGGGGUGAAACAUAUCCGACCGAAAAGCCGAAGAUAAAUAUGGACACUUUUUAUAACAAGCACAUAUUACCAGAGGUGAAGGCACAUAUUGUAUCUGAAAUUGAUAAAGAGGCUGAACAGUAUUUAGGAGCAGCUAUGACAUAUACCUUGUUUGAAUUUGUUAAAGAGAGAGCACAAGAUCUGAUGUCAGCACAACCAGAAAGCACUGUAACCAGCAUUUCUUCUGCUGUAGAACACGUCUCUCUAGCUGACUCACAGGACAGUCCAGUAAUCAAGAAAGCAGUGAAGAAAGAGCAGCUUAGCAAGGCUCAAAAACGAAAACAGUGGGACAGAGUUGAUGCAAAAGGCGACCGCCCUCGUGGAUGGGACUGGGUAGAUGUUGUGAAACACUUAUCACAAAGUGGCCCUAAACAGCUUGAGACCCUAGCUCCCUCAACAGGCUCGUAGAAGCAGUAGAGGCUAGCAAUGCUUCCAGUCAUACACUGCUGUGAGACAGCUAGUGGCAAACAGGGUAUGCAACAUUGUGUUCCAAAAUAUUUGUUGAAUAAAAAUGUUAACAAUUUUUA